AUGCAGCGCUACUCACGUGAUCUACAAACGUCUUUACCUGCUUGGGUCACGUGCUGGGUACGUGUUUCAUGGAUCGUCACCUGGUCGAGAUUAGGCAUCAUUGCAGAAGAAACCAACCAACUGGCUUUGCUGCUUUCGCUUCCCCUUGGUAAAGCAAGACAAGAGUGCAGCAGUGGCCACACAUCGAAGCGGACAGACGCCAUAGGGAUAGUUAAUGGCUCGUUACUGAAUAGCAAGGCUGGGGGAUACAAUAGAGGAAUGGGGCUAUUGCGCAAAAUCAGCAUCGAGGAGGUAAGUCAACACACGUCCAGAGAUGACUGCUGGUUUAUCAUCCACGGACGCGUGUACGACAUCACAGGACUACUGGAAAACCACCCGGGAGGGACUAAGAUACUAUUAAAAUACGCCGGACGCGACGCCACACUGCCUUUUGACGAUGUGGGGCACUCGAUGGAGUCGCUAAUCUAUGACAUGGCGCCGGGCUCGUAUCUCGGAGAGGUUGAUGGCGGGGAGAACGUGAACAGCUGUAGCUCGGUGGUCAGCUGGCGCAGCCUGCGCUGGCUACGCAGUUGGGGCAAGGGCGCGUCAGACGACGCGACCGUCCGGUCCCUGGGCUCGCAGAGCGAAAAGCUGGAAUCUGACCUUCAAAACUGGUUGCAAAAAACGCUGCUGCUACUCGUGAUCUGCGUGUGUUGUGUCUUGUUGCUGGUGAUACGAUACCAUAACCGCACACGCCGCGCUGGUCGCAUCCAUAGCACGCAGGCGCCGCUGCCGCCGGAUACCUCGGGCAUGCCUAGCUGGUGGGACCUAGUGCCGACGUAA